UUGCUUUCAUUUUACUUUUGUAUAUACGUUAUUUUGGCUUUCAUUUUGGACCCAUUACCUGUUGGUGGGCUCGUGUUUACAGGAUUUGUGGGCCUCUCUCUCUCUUACUCACUGAGUCUGAACACUUGCCAAACUUUCCUAACUAGAUGGCAAUGCACGCUCGCUAACUAUAUCAUCUCAGUUGAGCGUCUAAAGCAAUUCACGAACCUUCCUUCUGAACCAGCAGCAAUUGUAGAUGAUCACAGGCCACCACAUUCGUGGCCUGCCAAAGGGAGGAUAGACUUCCAGGACCUCAAGAUAAAGUAUCGUCGUGAUUCUCCACUAGUUCUUAAAGGGAUUACAUGUGCAUUUGAGGCUUGCAAAAGAGUGGGAGUGGUUGGAAGAACAGGUAGCGGAAAAACAACGCUGAUAAGUGCCCUAUUUCGUCUGGUUGAACCGGCAAGUGGGAAGAUCCUUAUAGAUGGACUGGACGUUUGCUCCAUUGGUCUUAGGGAUCUAAGAAAUAAGCUUAGCAUUAUACCCCAAGAGCCAACUCUUUUCAAGGGUACUAUAAGGAGUAACUUGGACCCUCUAGGCGUAUACAGCGACCAUGAGAUAUGGGAGGCCAUCGAGAAGUGCCAACUGAAGACCACCAUCCAGGGCCUCCCAAACUUGCUCGAUUCAACUGUGAGCGAUGAAGGAGGGAAUUGGAGUGCAGGGCAGAGGCAGCUCUUCUGCCUUGGAAGGGUCCUUCUAAGAAAGAAUAGGAUAUUGGUUCUUGAUGAGGCAACUGCAUCCAUUGAUUCUGCCACUGAUGCUGUUCUUCAAAAGGUCAUAAGAAAGGAAUUCUCAAACUGUACGGUGAUAACAGUGGCGCAUAGGGUCCCCACUGUCACUGAUAGUGAUCUCGUCAUGGUUCUUUCUUAUGGUAAGCUCUUGGAAUAUGAUAAGCCGUCAAGACUCAUGGAAACCAACUCUUCCUUUGCCAAGCUUGUGGCUGAAUACUGGGCCAAUUGUAAUACAACCACCCAUUAGAGAGAGAGUAGUAUGUGAACCAUGAGAGAGAGAGAGAGAGAGAGAGAGAGAGAGAGAGAGAGAGAGAGA